AUGGGGAACAGUGGUAGUUCCACAGUAGAUGAUCUGCAAGCUGUUGAGAUCCACCAUUGGUACAAAAAGUUUAUGACCGAGUGUCCAUCUGGACAGCUGACUGAGCAUGAAUUUAAACAGUUCUUUGGGCUUCGGGGGCUGGAUCCUGCGGCCAAUGAGUACAUUGAACAGAUGUUCCGCACUUUUGAUAUGAACAAGGAUGGGUAUAUCGAUUUCAUGGAGUAUGUGGCCGCACUCAGCCUAGUUCUCCGGGGAAAGAUGGAACAGAAAUUACGUUGGUACUUCAAGCUCUAUGAUGUGGAUGGCAAUGGCUGCAUUGACCGACAUGAACUGCUCAACAUCAUUAAGGCUAUUCGUGCUAUUAAUGGCUGUGACCAUGAAACUAGUGCGGAGGAGUUCACCAACCGAGUCUUCAAUAAGAUUGAUGUCAAUGGCGAUGGUGAGCUUUCACUGGAUGAGUUUGUGGAAGGAGCCAGAAAAGAUGAGGAGUUCAUGGAGGUGAUGAUGAAGAGCUUGGACUUGUCACACAUUGUGACCAUGAUCAACAACCGGCGGCACAGUGUCUAGAGCCAUCUGGGAGAGAGAGGGGUGUGUGAGAAAGAGAGACUACGGAUGGGUGUGCAACUAGGUAAAGAAGGUGGCCGUGAGAAUAAAACAGAUAUGGUAUGUGGGUUGAGAGAGAGUGCGAGAGUGAUGUGGUUCUGUGUGUGUGUUUUCUUUUGCACGUGCCUGUGUGUGUGCUUGAAUACAUGCUGCAACUCAGACACAUACACACAACACUGGUUCAGCAAACUUGGACCCCAUGAUGCUAUUUGAUUGGCCUUCUGGGCCAAAAGGGCCAAGUGCACAACUUUCUCCCCUCUUCCUGCCCCAGAUUGCUCUGACAUGCCCGAUAACAGGGAGAGUGUCAAACCCAUGGGGUGGGGAAUAUGUAAUGUGUCCAGCACAUAUGUUUGUGUCUGUGGCAAAAGCUUGGAGAAAAGGGAGGCUGGAAAGCCCCAGGGGAGUCAGCUUUUAUUAUCAUAGAGCUCUGUCAGCACAAAGCAACUCAUGCUUCACUUGACGUGGCAUUGGUGUGAGUGCACUAAUGGUCCUGAUAGCACUUCACCCUCUCUUGAUUGGGU